CCCACCCCCAAUUCAUCUCGCAUUACCCACAAGAGAAGUAGGUGUCGAAACCUCUGUUUCUUCCCCUUCAAUGUUUACAUGCAAACUCUACUACCAUUUUUCACCUUCUGUACAAUGCCAUUUUCUCAUCUGAGGUUGUCUGUUACUUAUUUGCCUAUCAAUCGCAUGCCCAACACCCUUUUAUCGCCACCUUUUGAUUAUGCGGUGGAACGGACACAAUUUCAACUGAACACAAUGCAAUUGAAUUAUCGUGUAUCUGUUGUGAAGAACAUGUCUCCACCAUUUGGCUUAAUUAGUUCCUUCACAGUAUCAAGCUCUUUUUUAGCAUUGCAUACCAGCAUCAGUACAGGAGAGAAAUAUGAUGAUGGGGAAUGUUGUGAACAAGAAGUUAGUGGUGAUUCACCCGAGGAGCAAAACAAGAGUGAGGGCAUUCAAUUAGAUAAUUAUUCAAUUUAUGCAGAGAGUUAUAGUGACAAGGAUUACAAAGAAAGUGAAAGAAGAAGAAAAAUUGGACUAGCAAACAAAGGGAGAAUGCCAUGGAACAAAGGCCGGAAACAUAGUGCAGAGACUCGUGAGCGAAUCAGACAGAGAACAAAAGAAGCCUUGAGAGACCCUAAGGUUAGAAAGAAGAUGUCUGAAUGUCCCCGCGCUCAUAGCAAGAGAACAGUGGCAAGAAUACGCUCAUCACUCCGACGGCUAUGGGGAGGGCGUUUGAAAUGGAAAAGGUCAAGAGAGAAAUUCUUGCUAUCAUGGGCUGAAAAUAUUGCAGAGGCUGCUAAGAAAGGUGGGGUUGACCAACAAGAACUAGAUUGGGACAGCUAUGACAAGAUAAAAAAAGAGAUAGCUCUCCAACAGCUUCAGUGGGCUGCAGAAAAGGUGAAGGCAAAGGAAAUGGCAAAGAUUCGAGCAGUGAGAUCAGCACAAGCAAAAGCUGAAAAGAUGGCAAGGCUUGCUCAGAAGAAAAAGGAGCAGGAACAGAAGGAAAAAGUAAGAGAAGAAAUAAAAAGAAAGACGCAUAAAAAAUCAAAGGAAGAAAAAGAGGAGUUUGCUGUUUCCCAGGAGUUAAAACUCAAGGCGAGAUUAACAAAGAUUCACAAAAAGAAAUCCGUAAAUGGUGAAGUAACCAGUCAAUAUCACCGAGCUUGGGAGAAAUUCGAUUUGGAGUUUAUAGAUAGAGAACAAAAACAGCAAGAAGUUUCACUCGCAGAUCAGAUUCGUGCUGCUAAGAAUAGAAGAGCUGAAUUCGUGGCUAGGGAAGCUCUGCCAGUGAGAGAUAAUAGAGCGACCAUAGAUUCUUGCCAUUUGCUGCAACAGGAAAUAUAAGAUGAAAUAGAGGCAAGGUGGGCAUUCCUAUCUAACUGUGAUUUUUUGCUUCUCGCCAUCAGCAUUACACUUCCUUUGAUUGUAUAUUAUUUUCAGUAAAAAAGGAAGAAAUUUUGAAGCCUUCACUUGAGCCAUCAGAUUCGUGCUUUGUUAAAAGAUUCCAAUUUUUCAUUUUUUUUCUCGCAUGUAUUCAAACAAAGCAUCUGUACUUUGAUUUCUCAAAUUCAUAAGAUUUUCUCUACU